AAGGUGAGUGUUUGUUUAAAUCACAGAGGUUUGGGGACUGGCCGCAGUGUGUUAUGGGAUGUUGGAGAGCUGACGCCAUCUCUGUGAGGUGUUUUUAUUUUUAGCAGGCAGUGAACUUACAACGCUAAAAUCAUGGGCAGGAAGAAGAAAAAGCAGAUGAAGCCUUGGUGUUGGUACUGUAACAGAGAUUUCGAUGAUGAAAAGAUUCUCAUCCAGCAUCAGAAAGCCAAACACUUCAAGUGCCACAUCUGUCAUAAGAAGCUGUACACCGGCCCCGGGCUCGCCAUCCACUGUAUGCAGGUACAUAAAGAGACCAUUGAUGGAGUUCCUAAUGCAAUACCUGGAAGAAUAGAUAUUGAACUGGAGAUAUACGGCAUGGAGGGUAUUCCAGAGAAAGACAUGGAGGAGAGGAGAAGGAUGUUAGAGCAGAAGAACCAAGAGACUCAGAAGAAGAAGCAGAACCAGGAUGACUCUGAUGAAUAUGAAGACGACGAUGAGCCCGGUCCCUCCUUUCAGCAGCCUGCUGCACGUCAGCCACAAGCUGGCUAUGUCCCCCCUAUGACCCAGCCUGGCAUGCUUCCUGUUGGAUCUGGGACCCCAGCAUUACCACCAGGCAGCUACUCAGGAAUUCCCCCGAUGAUGCCAGGUGUGCCACCCAUGAUUCCAGCGACGCCCCCUGUAAUGCCAGGAAUGCCUCCAGGGAUGAUCCCAAUGGGUGGGAUGAUGCCUCCGAUGAUGCCCGGUGUACCACCAGGCAUUCCUCCUCCAAUGGGUACUCGUCCAGCCAUCACUCACAUGCCUCAGCUCCCGCCUGCUGCAGGCGUGCUGCCCAGACCUGCAGUUCCUGCUGGCCCGUCGGUGCAACCUGAUGUCACAAAACCUCUUUUCCCGAGUGCUGGGCAGAUGGCCGGUCGAGUUGCAAGUACAAGUAAAGCCUCACCAAGCGCAGACACUCAGUCCGCUUCCCCUAAAGCUCUGUUCCCUAGCACUUCACAAAGUCAGCAGACAGUGUCGGGGUCCCCUCACACUCCCCCCUCCACUACCUCCGACCUCGCAAAGCCCACUUUCCCAGCCUACAGUCAGUCCUCCACCGGUUUGGCCAGCCCAAAUGCUGGCAGCAGUACGGUCUCCAAACCUCCCUCCACUGUAACCAGUAAGCCUGCCACGCUCACCACCUCCAGUGCAACCAGUAAGUUGAUCCACCCUGAUGAGGAUAUCUCACUGGAAGAGUUUCGGGCUCAGUUGUCCCAGUACCAGUGCAGUAUUCCCCGUCAAGGCCAGACCACCAGUGCUACAGCAUCAGUGGGUGGCAUGAUGGCUCCUCAGCAGCACAGCAUGAGGCAUCCCAUACCUGGUCAGUAUGGUGGGCCACAGCAGGGGAUGCCAGGCUACAUACCUGGGCGAAUACCUCCGUAUAUUCAGGCCCCUCCGAUUGUUCCCCCAGUGUACCAGGGAGCCCCUCCACGGCCAACCAUUGUCACGAGACCCCCUGUCAUGUCUCCUGGAGGCCACUACUGAAGUCUGCUCCCUCUCUUCAAUAGGUUUGGACUCUCAACCAUUUUCUAAUGCCCUCAGCAACUAGUAGAGAAACCAGUAUUGGUAUUAUAUUACCAAAGUAUACUGAUGUUCUGCUACUGAGCUAUGAGGAAGAGACAUUAAAUAAACAGCAAAGACAGGAGCUGUAAACAUCCCAUGGCAUGGGAAAUAUUACAUUGCAUCUAUCAAAGACGUUGACCUGUUUGAUUUGAUUCUGAUUGAAACCAUCUCUGUUUUGUGGCUUUUUUUCCUUUUCAUGUUUAGGUGUAUAGAAGUGUAGUAGAUAUGGUUCGUAGUGUUGUGAAGGCGCUGGAGUUACAUGGGCAGUAUCCACCCUUUAUCAAGGCAAGUUUUAUGUAAAUACCUUUCUGUUCUAAGCUAAACGGUGAGGCCUUCACAGCACGUAGUGCUGUUGGACUUGUGUCCCCAACUUUGUUUGGUGAGGGCUUCUACUACCUGUUCAUGCUCUAAUUCUGUCUUUGAUAUCUGUAUGAACAAUUGCUCCCUUAACUCUAAAUAAAGGAGGUAUUUAUUAGUAUAUGUAUGACUGUGAAACUGUAUUGUAAUGAAAUGUUAGAUUUUUCUGUGGGAUGUUGCUAGGCUGAGACGUCAGAACAGGUUUGUACUCCUGGUAUAAACUGCAUUGUGACUGCUCCUCUGUUGUUCUGAAGGUGAACAGUAAACAUUGAUAUCUUGUAUAUGAAAUGCAAAAUGCUUGUAAAUAUUGUCUUUUAUCUAGGGAGUCUUUUACUGAUGCUCUGUACAUGGCACUGAUAGAAAGCAUUGUACAGCUGCAUAACAUCCAGAUCAUUAGAGGCUGUAGUGCUAAAACCCAGAUUUUUCUUUUCCCUGUAGCAAUGCCAUUGGGGGGAACUGGCUGAGGCCCUGUCUCAGUGUAGCCCUGUUUCAGCCAGAGGCAAGUCUCACUGUUUUCUGUCUUCUCAUUCAUUAUCAGGGGCCCUCACAGCUUACAUGCCGUUGGAUAUCAGUGUCCCCAAACUUGCAGCAAGUUUGGUGAAGGUCCUUGUUUGUGUUCUUGUAUUUAGGCAUCUUUUUCUUUAAACAUGUUAACAAACGUAAACAAUAUUUCAUUGUUUGUCAUUAAACUAUCUACCCUGUCCUCCAUUUACUGGUCAAGCUCUUCACUAGUCUGCCUGAACCCUAAGCCUGGAUACUAAACUCAGUCUCAGUAUUACUAUCCUGAUUCUGUUAUCUUGUCCUGGGUUUGUGAACAUUUUGUGUAAUAGUGUGGAAUGGAUCAGAGAAAACCACAUGUAAUCAUGCAGCACUGAUCAUGGUGGAAGUGUUGUACAAAGUGGAUCUGUAGUAAAUGACCUGUAAGAAUGAGAAUUCCUGUGCAGCCAUAACCAUGGAACAAGCAAUUGCAGCUAUAGUUCAAAAGGGAAACUGUCACUGCUGCUUUUAAAAUAAAAGCAGUCCAUGCUGCUUCCAUCGGCAAGAGAGGGAAAACCACCAUCAGCUUUCUUGACAAAGAAUGGCAUCACAGCCAGGCACAGAAGAAAAAAGUUUUAAAAUGAAACUUGAGUUUCAUUUUUAACCAACUUAAAAUUCAUAAUUACUUUUUGGCAGAAGUUUUCUCUGAAAUCUUUAGGAUCUUUAGACCAGUGAAGAUCUCUGUGGGUGAGACCAUCUGAAAAGUCUUUAAAGUAUGGAGCUUUCAAAUGUAUUUUACUAUUAUACAGACUAUUAAAGGCAUCUUCAAGGCCUAAAAGUUCUACAGUAGCAUCACCAUUUGCAGUUAAAAUGUGUGGCAGGAUGUUUGAAUGAACAAACUACUUUUCACAUGUUCCUAAAAUGGCUUUACUACUUAAUCCUGUUUGUUUUAUUAGCUUUCCUCAUUUGAUCAUUUGAAUUGAACUAUUUACUUAAAGGAGAAUCUCUGCCAGUAAUGGGUUAGUUAAAGCAGUAAGUACCACAACUAUAAUUGAUUGAUGAUGUUCGUCAAAUUGUAUUUGGUAUGGCAUUUUUUUUAUGUCUGACACAAUCUUCUGAAAAACUGCAUCCUUCAUAAAUCUGAAAGGAAUUUUAUAUUGGUGUGCUGCAAUUGUUUUUCACUACUACUAAUAAAUGCUAGUGAGCAUUUGAAAAUGAUUUCAGCAAUAUACAGAUGUCAUUCAGGCAGACUUUAUUGGUAAGUAUAGUCUUAUUAUUAUUAUUAUUUGUAAUUCUGUACACUGUUUACUUCUUGAAGUAUACCAUUCCAUGAAAGAAAAUUAAUUGGCUCAUAUUUAUGAAAUAAUGUACUUUGCUUCAGUUUUCAACCUAAAACUUUCAAUGUAAAAUGUCUCAAUUUAAAUAAACCAAUUCAUAACUUCUGAUGUAUUUAACUUUAUUUACCUUGUAUUUUUUCUGCACUGGAUGUUGAACACUGAGGUUUUCACUAAAUAAAUGUAAAUGCAAAUAACAUUUCUACAUUUCAUGAUACAAACACAAAAUGAAUAAAAACAGUAAGUUAAGAAAGUGCUAUCAUCAAAUAUUGUCAAGUAGAAAAAGCAAUGCUUGUGCCUUGUAGGAAAGCAGUCUGUAUUUACAUGAAAGUCUGUAAAAGAACUGUAUUGUCUCACAUUAAAAUGAUCUCAGAACACA